AAAGUGGAGAAAAUAUACACUCCAAUCUCAAUUGUUCAUUAAAAAAAAAAAAAAAAGGAAGAACAGAGAUUCAGAGAGAUGGCUAGUGCAAAAACUAUUGUAACAUUUGCUCAAUUCUCCUUCAUGGGAAUAUUACGUUUGGUCUUGCUUUCGACUUUAGUUGUUGCAAAAUAAGGAUAUUUGAGUGAAAAUGAUAGCAGUGAAAGAUGGAAACUUGUAUGUCCUCAACAGUGAUUAUGAUUUAGAGGAUGAUGGAAACUCAAAAAGCAAGUUCCCUGAAUUUAAUAUUGAGGUUGAUAUGGAAAAUCCUCAAGUUAGAGUUAGGAUGCUGUUUGCAAGUAGGGAACAAUUGAAGGAAGCUGUCAAGCAAUACUCGAGGAAGAAUAAACUUGCUAUUAAAUUUAAAAGGAAUGACAAGGACGUGGGAAUUGAUGCGAAUGAUUGUAUUUAUCUCAUUGCUGUUGCUGUUGUUGAAUUAGAAAAUAGAGAAUCUUGGGAAUGGUUCUUGGAGCUGUUGAAAGUUGAUCUUGAAAUUGUCAACUCACAAGGUUAUACAUUCAUGUUUGACAAACAAAAGGCAACUUAUGAGAAGAUCUAUAGCUAUUUAAUAUCACCUAUUAGAGGGGCACUAGAAUGGGAAGAGAGUAAUAAGCCACCAAUCCUCCCUCUAAUGCUUAGAAGGCCUCUAGGGAGACCUAAGAAGACAAGGAGGAAAGUUGUUGAUGACGAGAAGCCUAAUGGUGGUGGAAAAAUGUGUAAAGUGGGUAUCUAAAUGAGGUGCACUAAACGUGGGAGUGUUGGACACAAUAAAAGGACAUGCAAAGGAGUUGUUGGAGGAAUAAGGAGCUUAAUCCUCAUGAAGUUGUACUUCAUUAUAUGCAAUAAAAUGCAAAUUUAGUA